AACAAUAACACAACAAAAAAACAUUGAAUACCCAGAAUUAGAAAGGGAAAUAUACCAUUUUUAAUAUAUACAUUUAUAUUAAAAAGCUGGAAGGUGGUGUAUUUUAUUAUUUAAAGAGUGGUGUAAAAUCUUUAGUUUGGUGGUAGUACAGAAUAUAAUAUUUAAUAUUCCGCAUAUACUUCAAAUGAUAGAAAAUAACGAUUUAGGAAUGAAAGAGAAUAUUAUAAAUGAUAAUAAAAUUAUUUCAUCCGUUGUUGAUACACACCAAGGAUCGAUGGUUGGAACUGUCUUGUUUGAUAAGGAUAAAAUUGAUACAACAACCGGCAUCAAAAAUUCUAUAGAUGUUCGAGCAUGCAAUAAACCAAAAACAAAAAUAUGGUUUCGUGGCGUACGAAGCUCAAAGUUUCGGCAUGUUUAUGGUGUACCUGCAAAACGUGAACGAUGUUACGAUAAUAUAAAAAUAACAAAAAAUGCACAUGAUUCACAAUUUUGUGCAGUGAAUCCAAAAUUUUUAGCAGUUGUUACUGAAGUGGCUGGUGGAGGUGCAUUUUUGGUUGUACCUAUCGAUCAUACGGGGCGAAUUGAUUUUAAUGCAAGUAGAGUAACUGGCCAUCGUGGUCCAGUGUUAGAUAUUAAAUGGAAUCCAUUUAAUGAUAAUAUCAUAGCCUCAUGUUCUGAUGAUUGCACAAUAAAAUUGUGGCAUAUUCCUGAUGGUGGUUUGUCAAUGCAUUUACAAGAAUGGAUGGUAGAAUUACAAGGACAUAAAAGACGUGUGGCUUAUAUUGAAUGGCAUCCAACUGCUGAAAAUAUUUUAUUCAGCGCUGGUUUCGAUCAUUUGUUAAUUGUAUGGAAUAUUGGUCGCGGUGAGGCCGUGAAUGUUAUUGAUUGUCAUACAGAUGUAAUUUAUUGCAUGUCAUUGAAUCGUGAUGGAAGUUUUCUUGCAACAACAUGCAAAGAUAAAAAGUUACGUGUUAUUGAACCACGUACUGGAAUGAUUAUAUCUGAAGGAGUUUGUCAUCAGGGUACAAAAGCAAGUAAAGUAACAUUCUUAGGUGAUACUGGGCGUUUAUUAACUACCGGUUUUUCACGACAUUCCGAUCGACAAUAUGCUGUAUGGAAUCAGCAUGAUUUAUCAAAACCAUUAACAGUGGAGACAAUUGAUAGUUCUUCCGGUGUUGUAUUUCCAUUUUAUGAUUAUGAUACAAAUGUUAUUUAUUUAGCUGGCAAAGGUGAUGGAAACAUUCGAUAUUAUGAAGUGGUCAAUGAUCCACCGUAUAUACAUUUUCUGAGCCAAUUCCUUUCAGGAAAUCCACAGCGCGGUUUGGGUAUAAUGCCAAAACGUGGUUGUAACACAUCACAAUGUGAAGUAUUCCGCUUCUACAAAUUACACACAACACGUAACAUGUGUGAACCAAUUUCAAUGGUGGUACCUCGUAAAAGUGAUCAAUUCCAAGAAGACUUAUAUCCAGAUACAGUGGCAGCACGACCUGCAUUAACUGCUGAUGAAUGGAUAAGUGGGCGCAAUGCACAGCCCAUAUUAAUGUCAUUAAAAACUGGUGGCAAUAUUACAACACAUAUACCACGUGUUUUUAAAUCAACACCAAUACAACAUGUCCUGUCUUCAGAAAACAAUAAUCAAAAGAAAUUUGCAUUUUUAUCAUGUGAAACAAUACCAGAUUAUCGACCAAAAGAUAUGAAUGCUGCACGUAUCAUACAUAAUGAGAAAAGUCAAAAGACAAGCACAAACCAAACAACUAAAUUCCAUCAAUUACAACAGAUGUUUGGCAAUCGAGCAAAUAAUAUUGAGAAUAAUAUGGAUUGUGAAAAUGGCGAUGUUAUUAUUGAACCAUUAUAUAAACAAAUAGGUAGCAAUAGUACUAGUACACAAUUUGAUAAUGAAAGUGACUUACAGAAAGCGUACAAUCGACAAUGUGAGGAAAUACGAUUACUUAAAAAACAACUAGCAAAUAGUGAUGUUAAAAUACACGAACUUGAGGAGCAAAUUAAACGAUUACAAAAAUAAUUUUAAUACGUUUUAAAAUCAGUAUUUUUUUAUUAAGUUCAACUUGCAUUGGUAAAAUUUCAUAAAACUUCAAAGCGCGAUUUU